AUGGCGGGAAAUGAGGAGGCUUUGUUUGGGUUUAUGAGAGAUUUGGGUGGGCAGUGGUGUAGUAGGAGAAGGAAGAGGAGGAUUGUUAAUGCUAGUAUUUUAGGAGACUCGUUGCCAGUGGGGUGGAAGCUUUUGUUGGGGUUAAAGAGGAGGGAAGGUCGCGCCUCGGUUUAUUUCCAACUUUCUGCGUACUUGCAAUCCUACUUUGGUGGACUCCAUGAUGCACAUCUGACGUUGGAUAAAGAUGGUGACAUUGCUCAGCAGGUCCAUCAAAUGGUUUCUGAAAAUGGAGGUAUCGUCCAGAAAGAGGAUGAUCGAAGGCGGUCUGAUGAACAUGAGAAGGAAGUCAACUUGCUGGGUAUUGAUAACCUGGCGGAAGUUCAAAUACAUGAUCUUUUUGAAUGCCAUAAAUGCAAUAUGACAUUUGAUGAGAAGGAUGCAUAUUUACAGCACCUUCUGUCAUUUCAUCAGAGGACUACAAGGAGGUAUAGACUUGGUUCUUCUGUUGGGGAUGGUGUGAUACUUAGAGAUGGAAAAUUUGAAUGUCAAUUCUGUCAUAAGGUAUUUCAUGAACAUCGUCAGUACAACGGUCAUGUUGGGAUACAUGUCAGGAAUUAUGUGAGAGGAAUUGAAGAUUCACCUGGUUUACUGACUCUUCCAAGGAGAACUGAGGUUGCAACUAGGCAAGAGUCGGCCCCAAGGAUCUCUAAGAUGGAUGCUUUAAUUGAAAUUGAGCAGAAUUCUAUUCUUGAAACUACUACUACUGUGCCUAGAUACGAACUCAAUGAUGGAUUAAGUCCUGAUAAAUUGAAUGCAGCUUCUAAUCCAGAAAUUCCUGCUUCUACUUCCGAUCAUGAAAUGAAUUCUGAUUCUCCUUUAAGUGAAUCUGGAACAGAGGAUGACAUGACUUAUAGAUCUGGAAGACUGAUGAAGCUAGCAAUGCUGUGA